AUGACUGGUUACUGGCCGAUUGGUAAAACUUCUGCGUCUGCCAUUACCAUCGCAGUGGACAAAAUCAACAAUGAUCCCACACUUCUACUCGGCUACAACAUGACUUUCUUGUGGAAUGAUUCUAUGUGUUUGGCCGCAGAAGGACUUAACCAAGCCGUCGAAUUCAGAAUCUCUGGCGUGGACGCCAUUAUUGGUGAUGGUUGCGACAUUAUUUGCGAGCCUGCCGCGAUUUUAGCAGCGUCCUGGAAUCUGCCCAUGAUUUCUUGGGGCUGUGAAUCGAGCAAGCUAUCCGAAAAAAGUAUUUACCAGACGUUUGCCAGAACGGUCGGCUCGUUCUCCAAAAUGGGGGAUCUCUUUAUGUCCGUGCUUGGCUACUUUCGUUGGAAGAGUAUCGGUAUUAUUGCAUCAACAGAGAGCAUCUGGCAGUUAGCUAUGUCUGGUCUGAUGAAAGUGUUUUUGGAGAACGACAUAGAAAUUCGCUACCUUCACACACUCAAUCCAGGGCAUGUGCUGGUUACGGAACGGGAGGAAUAUAAAAGUAUGCUGGCCCUAGCGAAAGAGACAGCACGCAGUAAGCGAUACAACUAG